AUGCACAAUGGAGGACAAGCUUCGGUAAUCGACUUGACGGCCAGGGUUACUAAACCCGCUGUCGGAGUACCCCAAUCCUUCUUGCUACAAGCCAAUGGGAAAGAGCCUCAAAGCCAGGUCAGUAUACUGAUUGAUGAGUCGGUUCACAUGGCAAAUGAAUUUCGACAAAUCCUUCGAGCUCUGGUCACCUUUGGCUUCAUCGCGUACGGUAAAGCUUCUCUGCUAUUUAUACUCAGUGGCAAGCAGAGCCGCAAAUUCGGCAUGGAGCAGGAUUCUUGCUGGGCGUUGAUCAGAGCAAUGAAGCUUGAGGAUGUUACUGUCGACUACAAACUUCCCAUGGAUGAAAUUAAGCCUUUGUUUUCUGUGAAAAAAGGGCAGUCGGCAAGCGGUUUGAAAUGGAUCAAUAUUGUGGAUGGGCUCUUGAUUUCAGUUGGAAUGUUUGUAGAUUCACAAAUAGGCUUAGCAUCUCAGAGUAUGCUACCACGCAUUUCGCUUGAUAACGCAAUCAAGGUGACUGUUCAGCCACCUUAA